AUGUUAUUGACGAGCAGAUUUUGUGUGAAAUUCAAAGAGACACGCAUGCUAUAUCUGAGUUGCCUCAGUUGCGUUGUUGUCUUGUUCCUUUUCUUCGGCUUCCAUCUAUGGUCACGUCUUGAUUUGCACUCCUUCAACGAAAGCCAUGAAAAGACGCAAUAUGAGACUCAGUCAUCACUGUCUUCCACAUCCAACGAUACAGGCAGCAAGGCGGCAUCAUUCCACGGCCGCCCACACGAUUUUUUGAAAUCGAAGCCAUCUGGAUCGAGCCAACCAAGAUAUGCAAUCAUUCUUCCAACAUAUUCGAAACACAUACCGCUUGCUAUAGAUUUCUUUCAGUCGUUGAUGUGCCUCUGCACUGACUACAACGAAAUCGAUUUACACAUCAUUGUUUCGGAUUCUAAUGAGAUAGAGGCCUUUCGAAAUGCGACGAAGGGGUUGAAAAGCUGCGGUGAAACCUACAGCAUAUUUAAGACUCCAGCAACGAACGUCAAUGGCCCGAGACCCAAGCUGAACAUCGUCAACCUCUACGACAUAUUACCCACAGUAUUUCGAUCGAAUUACAAGGGAAGAAUCUCGCCUAAUGACACAUCAGUGCUGCUGAAAGAGCAUGGAAAGUUCCAGUAUCAGACUAUCAAGAAAUUGGCAGCUGCUGUGGAACUCAAGUAUGACUGGGGGCUCUGGUUGGAUUCCGAAGCCAUCGCAGUGCAGCCUUUUAGCAUGAGACAGGCAUUCGAGACCUACAUUCAAAAGCCGACAAUAUGGAGAUCAAGAAUGGCCAACACAGAUUUUAUGCGGGCAAUGAUCAGUAACUCCGCACGCGUGUUGAAUCGCGAGAUUGAGUCGUUUGGUCAGGCAUAUUGGAACCUGGAGAGUGUGCAGUGGUUCUUUGAAAAACCCAUCAUCGACGAACUCGUUCGCUACGUUGAAAAAACCAGCAAACAGGAUUUCUGGACGACGUGGGUCACUCGAGGAGGGCCGUUUGAGGUCAACCUCUACAACAUGCACAUACAAGCACAGAAGCUAGAAACAACAGACCCGUUAUUUUCCAAAUAUAUGAUUGUUGAGACAGAAAGGGAAAUGGAAAGAUUCGGUAUGGGUCCGGCCAAGAACAUUAUGGAUAAAAUGGAAGGUACCGGUCUGCUUGAAAGAGGCUAUAAGCUUCUAGAAGUGCCAGAAGUCGCGUCAGGUUUCUCAUCCAUGUUGGCAAACUACGGACAGCGACUGUUCCGCCUCGACGACCUGGCAAUUGCUCCCCCUGAGGUUCUCGAUCAGUUCCUCUUGGAUACUCCAAUAGACAUUCUGUGCUCAGGCGCACCGCCUCUACACAGCUGGUGGGAAAAGAGGCAAAAGAGCAUCAGAUAG